AUGGAUUUGGAGAAGAAGAAGAAGAAGAAGAAGAGGAUCGCCCAUGACAGGUCGAGGAUCGGAUGGGGGAGUUUGACUCUGUCUAGUGCCCAAGAAUUAGGGGAGAAGUUGAUGGCUUUGGGGGCUCGGGAGAGCAGGGGAGAUGCAAGCAGUAUGUGGGAUAGGACGGCCAGUUGCAUUAGAGAAGCACCUAGAGAGGUUCUGGGAGUCUCAAGAGUUAAAAGAAAAGGAGAGAAACCAACUGAGGGAGAAAGUAGUAAAAGAGCCAAGGUGCAAACACCAUUAGAUAAACUUGUGACUGCUAUUUGUCAAUCAACAAAUGAGGAAAGAGUUAGUGAAACUGGGGCUUCAGAAAGAGAGGAAAUCUACGAAACCUCUGUUGGGCAUGAAGAAGAAAGAGAUGAAGAAAAUGUAGAAAAUGUUGAAGGAGAUGAAGAAGAAGGAAAUGAAGGGGAUGAAAGAGGUGAAGGGGAUGAAGGAGGUGAAGAAGAUGCAGAAAUUGAAAAGGGUAAUGAAAAAGAAGAAGAAUCAAUCGAUCAGACCUUGGUCGAGUUAAAAAGAAAAAGGAAACAUAAUGCGGAUGCCAAUCUUGUUGAGUCUUCUAGUAUUGCCAUAGAUCCCAAUAGACCUUCCAUUGACGAGAUCGUCAAGAGUUUCAGCAUUGAAAAGUACGGCGUGACGAUGCCGCUGAAUGGAAAUAAUGAUUUGUCCGGUGAUUUUGUGGUUAGAUCAAGCAUGGGCAAGGGCUUUGACACUUUCAGGGGCAUUCUCCGGCAGCAGGGGUUGGAGAAUUUCUUUAGGGCUAGCUGCUUUGGGCUCUAUUUAGAUUUGCCUGAAGAUACCGGUGCCUGA